UUGUUAACGCUUGAGUUCUUAGAAUAUAUAAUUUAAUUUAUCAUUAUCGUUUUGUUAUUCUACUUUCGUUGGAAUUUAACACUAUCAAAUCGCACUGAAUGUUUUCCUGCAAAUUUCACCAGAACGUACCUUAAUAAAUACGUGAAUAAUAUUUGUUUUUUGGUUAUAUUUUGUUUUCUCCAAACAGUUAGAAUUAAAUAGUGUAUCUAUUAAUUUUCAUACCAAGUACCUAUAAUAAAUGUAGUCUCAGGUCAAAAACACUUUUGUUGCGUAUUAAGUUUUUUUUUAAACUAGCGAAUAUAUAAAUUGUACGUACCUAUCAUUUGAAUGUACGAAAAUUGGAAUGAGCGGUCAACAUUUGAUCACGAAACAAAGUGUACCAGUACUUCGUACAUUUGGCAACCACCAAGUAGCGUAGCGGGAGCUUGUACCUCUACCACCUCCACUUCUACCACAACAACCAUCACCACCUCCACAACCAAUAAUAACCACAGCCAAUAAUAAUUUCACUACUGAUACCACCACAACUACUAUUAGUAACACAAAUAACAGUAUACCAUCACAGCCACCACCAUUACCACUAAAAAAUAGCCAUAAGCAAAAUAUGUUAAGCAAGUUAUCAACUAAUGAAAAUAGUUCUCAAAAUACACAAAAACAGCUACUCAUUGCAUCUUCACACUAUGCAACUCAACCAUACCAUCCAUCACAUCACAAAUUAAACUCCCUCGAUCGACAUACCGGAACAAUUUUAAAUGAUCCCGAUUCCAGUGACUGUAAACAGUUCAAUGCGCAUUAUUUAAAAACAAUUGAUAGUAUGGAUCAUUACAGUGUUGCGAAUUUACACUAUCUUAGUCAAUCAAAAAUCCAAAUAUACCAACAAUCAAAAAGUGGUAAUGAUUCACUAUCGAAACCGGAUCAAUAUCAUUCGAAUUCGAAUCUAAGUCACUAUCAAACAUCGGGAUUGGUAAAUCACUAUCAAACGACGGGUAAUCAUCAUUCUUUGAGCAAACAACAUCACAGUUUAAAACACAAUAAGACUAAGAAUAAAGGCAAAAGUGGUGGCACCGGACAGAAGUCUUCAAAGAGCAAGUCAAGUAGUGAGGAGGUACAAAAGCAACAACAAAACCGACAUAGUCGAAAACAUAGCAAUACAACAGACUACACAGCGAGUCAUUAUAGCUCGAGCGAUAGUAUGCGAUUUGAUAAGAACUAUUAUUAACUACAUAAGGUGUGUUAUUUAUUACGCUCGGGCUGAACGGGACAAACAAAAUCUGUCAGGGCUAAGCAAUUUACAUGUUAAAUGCAACAACAAAUUAGCCCCUCGGGUAAGCAUUACAUACAUUGUUGUUGUUGCAUUUAACAUGUCAAUUGCUUUGCCCCGACGGCCCAUUCAGCCCGGGCGUAUUAAGCCCAGCAAUAGUUAUAUGGGCAAUUUACAAUUUAUAAUCUAGGAUUAUUUUUCGUAGAAAUAAUUAAUUGAUGAAAUUUUUUUACAUACUAUGUACAUACAUAUACAUAUUCAUAACUUAGAGGGUAUGGCAAUCACACCAUAAUGCGAUAGGCAAAAAACUGUUUUCAGAGGCAUUUAACAUCUGUUAGUGUAUUGAAGAAGACAUAGACAGCUGCUAACGUUUGACUUAAUACUAGGUACAUACAAUGACGCAAAAUUUUAAACGAUUUUGCAAAAUGCUAAAGCAAUUUUAGUAAGUUAAUAAGUAAAAAAAAACAGACUAAUUUUUGGCUUAGUAACUUUCUUAAAUGGGUUUGGCAUUUUAUUAAAUCGUUAAACAUUUUAUGCCAAUAAACCUAAUACUAAGCAAAAAUUUAAUGCAACAUGUAAAAAAUGCUAAAGUUAUAUUCAGACAUUUUAGGCAAAAAAUAUGCACUGCUAUGAAUUUUUGAGAUGUUAAUAGGAUAGACACCAAUAGUGUUAAAUCAGUUUUGGUACGCGAAAAAUUGCAAAAUUAAUGUUUAUUAUUUUCUGUUUUAUUACUUCUGAAAUUACAAGCCAUUAGGUAAAAACGGCAGCAUUUUUUGCUAUAAUAAAAGAAAUGCAGCAAUGCUGGAUUUUUUUCCCAAAACAUUGGAAAUAGUAUGUACAGCGCUGCCAAAACCGGCAGCUUACCCUCAAGUUGAAAUUUAAAAUAUGGAUGAGGAUAGAAAAGGAGCCCACCCAACAAAGUUUCAGCAUGGUCUAACAACAAACCCAACUAAGAAAUCAGCACCGGAGCCGGUAACCUUGAUUAAAUGUAUGUCAUGUAGAUGGUACAAAGGAUGUGAUGAAACCAAAUGCUCUUUUCAGAGGGCUUAAUAACUACCUAUCACUUACCCAAUGAUGAGCAUUUUUGUGUAUAAAACACAAGUAAGGAAUUCCAAAGUUUAUUUUAUCUACAACUACAAUUCCGAAAUUUUUAACACAAACUUCCAACCUUGGGAGUGCAUAUUUUAUGAGUUAAUGAACCUACAGAGCUGCGGUUGCACUUAAUUUGCGAGGAAUUGACAAAUUAAUAUAUUCUAUAUCAUAAAUUACCUACAUGUCAUGUUGCUGCCUAUUAUAACCAUUAAUGCUGACUUCAUUAUAUUAAAAACUGAAAUAAAGAAAAACUAAAUGAUGUAUUUCAAUGAUAUUUUAUCCGUUUUUGUGUACGACUCAAAAGGCCGUUGAAAGUUUCAUUACAAAUGUAUGUAGAUGGAACAUGAGAUAGGUAUACCAAACAAGUUGACUUAAAUUUUAGAUUUAUAGAAGGAAAAAAGAGAUACUGAAAAGAUUUAAAAGGAUUUCAAAGCUUUAGAAACUUUUAAAAAGUGGCAUUUUCUAACGAGAAUAUUUUGAAAACGUGAUGAUUGAACUUAUCUGACUUAUCUGAGUUCAGCACAAGAAAAACUUUUAAAAAAGUAUAACUUAGUUUCUGUAACGAAAAACCGUGUUGACCAGUGUAAUUAGAUGUUGUGACCUUAUACGUAAUUCAAAUGAGUUGUCUUUAACACUGUAGGUAUACAGCAGGUACUGUAACCUGUUUAUCAAAAAAAAUAUAGAUAUUAAAAAAUUGGUGAACUGCAUCGCUACGUAUCUACUACUUUUUUAAAUUUUACAUUACAUUACAUUUUAAUCUAAUCCGAAGAUAAAUCUACGAACUAGACACACUGGAGCUUCGGAAACUUAGU